CUGGCCGGCCCUUGUCUUCUCCACGUCUCCCUCUCUCUCUCUCUCUCUCUCUCUCUAGACUCACGACAGGACACUACACAGAGACACACGACUUUGUCCCAGCAUGACAUGAUAUGCAACCUGCUUAGUGCAGGCAUAUGCUGUGAUCCUGGAGAGUGGUCGGAGCGGUGUGUUGAUAAGAGGCGAGCGAGUGAUCGGUAGUGCGGCCACCACUCUCGCAGCGCGCGUGCAUUUCCAACUUUCUUCACGCCACAGUGGUGAAUCCAUUCGCCACGCAGUACGUGCCGGAAUUCCAUCUCUCGGCAGGUCUGAGAGAUAGAGUAGAGAGCUCAGUUCUUCUGCUCUGAUUCUGCGGCCACGAGCUCCGUGAUGGCCACCGCUGUCACGCUGCUCCGGGCUGCGUCCCCCGGCCCAGCCGGUGACGCCGGCCGGGACGGCGGCAGCAGCUUCCAGUGCCCCCGCCUGCCGCGCAACAAGAAACUGCCCAGCAAGAUCCUCUGCUCGCUCAAGUACGGCUGCCUCGGCGGCGUCGACCCGGCGGACGCGGCCCGGACGGCCGCCUCGCCGGUCUACUCCAGCCUCGCCGUCAGCCCCGCCGGCGACGCGGCCGUCGCCGUCGCCUCCUCCUCCUCCUCCGAGCAGAAGGUGUACGACGUCGUGCUCAAGCAGGCCGCAUUGCUGAGGCGCCAGCUGCGCCCGCAGCCGGCGGCCAGGGAGAUGGCGGAGGCCAUGCCGCGGGGCGGGCUCAGCGAGGCCUACGCGCGCUGCGGAGAGAUCUGCGAGGAGUACGCCAAGACCUUCUACCUCGGGACGUUGCUGAUGACGGAGGAGCGGCGGCGCGCCAUCUGGGCAAUCUACGUGUGGUGUAGGAGGACUGACGAGCUCGUGGACGGGCCGAACGCCUCGCACAUCACGCCGCAAGCGCUGGACCGGUGGGAGAGGAGGCUGGAGGAUCUCUUCGUGGGGCGCCCUUACGACAUGCUGGAUGCCGCGCUCUCCGACACCAUCACAAAGUUCCCCAUAGAUAUUCAGCCUUUCAAGGACAUGAUCGACGGGAUGCGGACGGACCUCAAGAAGGCGAGAUACAAAAACUUUGACGAGCUCUACAUGUACUGCUACUACGUCGCGGGAACUGUCGGGCUAAUGAGUGUUCCUGUGAUGGGCAUCGACCCCGAGUCCAAGGCGACAGCCGAGAGCGUGUACGGUGCUGCUUUGGCUCUCGGACUGGCGAACCAGCUAACUAACAUACUCCGGGACGUCGGAGAAGAUGCGAGCAGAGGAAGGAUAUAUUUACCGCAGGACGAACUCGCCGAGGCGGGACUCUCCGAUGAGGACAUCUUCAGGGGAGUAGUCACUGACAAAUGGAGAAAAUUCAUGACGAGGCAGAUCAAGAGGGCCAGGAUGUUCUUCGAGGAGGCGGAGAGAGGGGUGACAGAGCUCAGAAAGGAAAGCCGGUGGCCAGUCUGGGCGUCUCUACUGUUGUACCGGCAAAUCCUGGACGAGAUCGAAGCAAACGACUACAAUAACUUCACAAAGAGGGCCUAUGUCGGGAAGGCGAAGAAAGUGCUGGCGCUUCCUGUCGCCUACGGGAGGUCGCUGCUCUUACCGUACUCACUGAGAAAUAGCCAGACCUAGAAGAAACAUUAAAGAAGAAGAUGAUCAGGUUAGGCUAGAUAGAAAACAGGGCAAUGUCGUAACAUCUGCCUUCGAGCCCUUCCCUCGAGUUAAGACGAUGCGGUGAUUGGAGUGCUGGAAGAAGGGGGGAAACACUGCAGCCAGCCUAGACGGAGAUUGGAUGAUCUUCUAAAAAGAUGGAGACUGAAUGUUAGCAUGUAUAUUAGUACUACUAGAACAUAUUCAAUUGAAGACAUAACAUCAUGUACGCUGGUUGUCGGUCCCCGAUUUUGGGGAGAACAACAGUGAUCUUCUGUAAGUGUAUAUAUAUCCCCCUUUUAUACA